UGGAGAACGGACUGGGGACUUUUCAAAGCGUCCUACUGAUGUGAUGGAUAUGGUGAAAUGAUUUCCACGCAUUGACUCGUCUCGGUACGUAGUAGCGAGGCCGUGGAUCCAUAACCUACAGCGGGCCUGCUUCUGUAUUUAUUUAUUUUUAUUAUAUAUAUAUACAUAUAUAUAUAUUUAUUUAUUAGCUUAGCUUAGCUUGUUUUGUUGGCCUCGCUUUGAUGUGACGUCGGGCCCUGAACGUCAAGUCACUCUCUAAACGUAGCUCGUGUUUACAACACCGGUCGAGCUGCCAAGUGAAGAUGGAGCUGAUCCCCCGGCUGCUUCUUCUUGUAGGUGCUGCUGUGUGAACGAUGCACGAGCGAUGUCUGAUGUUGAGGCCACGUACGCAGACUUCAUCGCCUCUGGCAGGACGGGACGCAGGAACGCCAUGCACGACAUCCUGCAGAGCCCCACCGACCCCGAGGGACGGGGGCUCACCCUGUCGCUGUCCCAGCUGCACAUCAACGCGGGAGGAGGAGAUGGAGACGACGCCGAGGACGGCCAGAGCUCCUCCUCAUCCGCCCACAGGGAGAUGGGGCAGAGGAACAGCUAACCAGCCGCGCGCUCCUGGCAGCGGACGGAUCCCGACCGCCGCUGUGAUGGUAGUCCAAAGUGGGCUGGUCGCCGGAGGGUAGCACCACCCGCUUGCCGAUGUCGCCCACAGGCAGGGGCGCUGACCUCCCCCCUAAAUCCACUGUUGAGGCGCUCUGCUGCGGAUGUGAUCGCUCAGUGCUCUCAGGACCCCCUGUGGCUCUGCUGUGCGCUAGAAUAACCAAGACUGUUGGCAGGGGGUGUAUUUCAGAGAAAGACAAACACGUCGCUCAUGUACAGCUGAUUUUACUUUCAGUCUUAGUUCCCCCAAACACACACAGGCCAAAGGGUGGGAACGCAAAGAGGACAUAAGCAGACGCCCUGUGUGUGUUUUGUAGUCGUGAGGGCAAUUUUGUGGGACAGCUGAAACGCGCCGAUGUAGCGGGUCACAGUGGGAGUAGCAUGUUUUGUAGUGGUGCUGGUAGAGAUUACAUUGCCGGUUAAUGGCUUGUGCUUCCUUUCAAUUGACAACACUGUAGAGAGAGUCGGACCGCUCGGCUGCUCGUGAAGCUGGACAACACUGAACAGAAACCGCUGGGGUUACUUUGUCUGCUAACAGGUUUUUUUUCCGCUGUUUCUGUCGUGAGUGAUGCGUAAAAAUACAUCCUGUGCUGUUGUGGAGCAGCAGACUUGUUUUUUUGGUUUGACAGACUUCUGUUGACCAACAAUACCUAACAAUACAUUUACGGUGUGUACAUUAUGGAUAGCGUCUGUUCAAUAGCUCAGUGGUUAGAAUAAGAAAUGAUGAUAUGGUCCGCUAUCUUUUAAAAAGCUGAUACUUAUUUUUAAGAAACUUUUCUAAUGAUGCCAUCAUAAUCACAACCUUAAAGGAGUAUUUUGAUAUAUUUUGGUAAGCGGGCUUUUUGUGCCUGAGAGCUAGAGGAGACGAUCAAUGCCGAUCUCACGUUCGCACGCUCAAUAAUGUGAGACAGCAGCAUGGAUAGCUUAGCUUGGGAGGAAAAGGCUCUGGCCGAUACCCCCACGGCCCCUCGAAAAGCACUCGACAUCUGCAACACCCGGAAGGCCGGGUCGAUUCUAUUAAGCUGAGAAAACCUCAGUUCCCCAAAUGGCCACUUGUGGCCAUUUGGGGAACUGAGGUUUUUCAGGGAACUGAAUAAGCGAGACCUGCAAGUAAAAAUGUUCAACUCUACAGUAGAAAUAAUCAUGUUUAUAGUCUGGAAAGAGGUUUUGGUCUCUAAAGCUAAAAUCCCCAUUGUGAGGUGAAUUAUUAUGUAACUAAAACUUUAAGUUUAGCCAUAAUUGAGGGCGUGGCACCAGGUCGCUAGCUGUUCAGCUCCGCCGAUGUUCCACCUCCUUACCCCCAUAUUUUUGUUGAGUUAGGCUGUGUCCUCAGUGCCAAGAUGGCCCACUUCUUCAUGCUAAGCUAAAAACUGUAAAGAGGUGUCGGAUAAAAGUGUUGCAUUUUAUUCCUCCUGACCUUUGACCUGCGACCAACUACAUGUAACUUAGUCAUAGGUUUUAAGCUAGUCCGCUAAGCUGAGGUAAAACAGCUGCUGGCUCGCACGGACGCGAGAGUGGCACCGUUCUUCUCCUCUCCCUCCCGGCAGUAAGGCGAGUGAGUGCGUUUCCCAAGAUGUCAAACUUGUCCCUCUAUGUUGAUAUGCAAUACUCAGUAGAGCUUCCGGUGAAGCGUAACAUGUUUGUGUGAAGGUUUCUAUCUCCGACAUCGAGCCUCGGCUAUUAUCCUGCUCCUUUCGUGUAAUAAUGGAUCCAUCCUAUAAUCACCAUCUGUAAAGAAAUGUCACGCAUGCCCUGUAUUUUGUUACUUUCUGCCCAGUUUUGUUGAGUAUAAUCAUCCUGUAUUACCGCAGCUCGAUGCUGGUGAUAAUAGGGGAAAUGUAACUGUUUUUCUUUUUAAACAUUGCUCAUUCAAUCAGGUUUUUCCAGUUGUGAACUGCCACGUAAUCGUAGAGGGGCUCCCGCCCGCUUCAGCGGCACCGCGUGCACGCCGCCGUUCAUGAUUCAGCAUGCAAAAAUAUAGCAGGUGCAUGAUUCUGCUAAAUGUGUAGGUGUUUCUCCGUCUAUUACCAUGUUUUCU